CUGUAGUGCGGCCACACUACCGCAAAUACGGUCCCACCUUGAGUAAUAACCGAAUUACUAAUAACAAAGGCUUGCAGCCUACAGCUGCGGAAAAAGGACCACGAGGAAGCCCAAUCGCUGCCAAACGCCCACAGCUACAGCACAAAUGCCGAAGAAUGGCGAUUCCGGCCACCGGAGCGGUGCCGGGACAACCAGCGACGGCUGCAUCUAUCCGGACGACGUCAUAAUGGGCGUGGGUGUUGCAUUCAACGUCCGGUACACGGGAUGCGUUGAGGUCAAGACCUCAAUGAAAUCCCUGGACUUCGAGACCCGUACGCAGCUGGCGCGAGAGUGCAUCAAUAGAGUUUGCGAGGCGGCCGGUUUAAAGUCUGCUGGCAAGCGGAGACUAACCAACUUCAUAUCGGAUCGCCCCAGCAUGCAGCACGCCGGCACCAACAUCAUCAUUAAUGUAUCGAGCCGAGCUUUGUCCCUGAGCAACGUGGAAACGGGCGAGGUUAUUGCCAAUCACAAUAUGCCGCGCAUAUCGUUUGCCUCCGGCGGUGACAAUGAUACCCUGGACUUCCUGGCCUACAUAGCCAAGAACGAGGAUGAAUGGCGGGCAUGUUAUGUCCUGGAAUGCGCUGGCGGCCAAAGCGAGGACUUAAUUGUGACCAUUGGCAAGGCUUUUGCCUUGCGCUUCAACGCUCUCAGUAGGCUCAAUGAUCCCUCCGCGGAUUGCAACAUCAAUCAGAGCUGCAAGGAGAAUGUGAAGGAGUACUACAACGAUUUGCCGAACAAGCUGCCCCCCGAAGUGCCGGAACAACAACAGCAGGUGCAGCAGCCUCUCCAUCCGCAUGCGCCACGUGUGGCACAAUUGAAUCUGAAGAAGCCUCGCGAUCGCCUGAGCAGCAACCUCAUCGACCUCAACUCCCCGCCUCCCGAUCAGACGACCAAUAAGAUGGGUCACUUUGAUCCCCUCCAAGCCACCACAGCAGCCAAUUCUGUUUUGGCGUCUGUGCGCGAUGUGUUCGAUGGACCGCAGUGUCCACUCACAGCGGAGGUGUGGUUCCAUGCGGGCAUAUCCAGACCAAUUUCGGAGCGCUUGCUGCAGCAGGACGGUGACUUCCUGGUGCGCGAGUCACAGGGAAAGCGGGGCCAAUACGUACUAACCGGAUUAGAGGGCAAGACGCCCAAGCAUUUGCUUCUCAUCGAUCCCGAGGGCGUGGUCCGAACCAAAGAUCGCAUCUUCGACAGCAUUAGCCAUCUGAUCAACUACCACUGGGCACAUGCACUACCCAUCAUUUCUGAGGACUCUGAGCUGGUCUUGCGUAAUCCGGUGCGAAGACCCCAGCAAGAUCAGGCUGCGACUCCCAUUACAUCAGCAUCUUCCUGAACCGGAGGGCACAAUCAUACGUAUAGCUACCACCCAUCAUAUACAUAACAAAUAAUUAUAUAUACUGGCAUCAGCGUACACGAUUAGAUUUAAUUAUUGUGCACUCGUAGAAUAUCUUUUAUAUAUCGUCUGUAUAAAAACGAACCCAUAUAUUUAUAGAUUGAAUAUAAACAUAUUUACAAAUAUGUGCAUGUCUACAGUAUUUUCCAUUCGAAUGCGAAUAA